AGCGUCCCCUGGCCCGGCCGGACGUUCAUGAUCCGCAACCGGGCGUCGAACCGGAUUCUAGCGCGGGAGGAUGGAAACCUGGUGCUGAAGGAGGUUGCGGAGCUGGCGCCGUGCGGUUGGCUCUGGGCCUGCGUCGAGCAUCCCGAGGGUAGGUGCCCGAACUGGUCUCGCGGAAACCAAACCAUCCUGGGACGUGACAAUCAGGGGGGCUUCCGGGCCGGGGCUACUGAACACAAGGGGUAG